AUGUCGAGGUUUGAAGCGGACCUGGAGAAGUCUAUCAAGAAAGCCUGUAGUAUCGAGGAAACUUCACCCAAAAGAAAGCAUGUUAGAGCUUGUAUUGUGUACACCUGGGAUCACAAGUCUGGGCGGUCUUUCUUUAAUGCGUUGAAAGUACAGCCUUUUGCACAGGAUGAGGUGCAAUUAUUCAAGGCAUUGAUCACGAUGCACAAGGUUUUGCAGGAGGGACAUCCUUCCGUUCUUGUUGAGGCAAUUCGUAAUCGUGAUUGGGUUGAAAGUUUGGGUAGGAUAUACGCCGGUGGUAGUGGUGAUGGAUAUGGCCGUAUUAUUAACGAAUAUGUGAACUUCCUGGUUCGCAAAUUGGACUUUCAUAGUUCGCAUCGCGGCUUCAAUGGAACGUUUGAGUAUGAGGAAUACUUAUCACUGAUGGCGACAUCCAACCCAGAUGAAGGCUAUGAAACGAUUUUAGAUCUGAUGGAUUUGCAAGAUCAUUUGGACUACUUUUCUCAAGUUUUGUUUGCAAGUAUUUCUGGCGCUCGUGUGAAAGAGUGCAAGGUUUCUGCUUUGGUGCCGUUAGUUGCUGAAUCGUAUGGGAUUUACAAAUUUGUAACUUCAAUGCUAAGGGCUAUGGUCAAGCAAACUGGGGAAGAAGGCGCAAUGGCACCUCUGAUGGAACGGUAUGGUAGACAGCACUUCAGGCUUUUUGAGUUUUAUGCCGAUUGUUCGUCCAUCAAGUUUCUGACGAGUUUAAUCAAAAUUCCAAAGUUACCAACUGAGUGUCCAUCUCUGAUGGAGUCUGAAGAAGGCUUGACCUCUAAAGGUCCUAGUAAUGUUGAUUUUAGGGAUAGAAGUAAGUCCGCGUCUGAAAAUCGGGAUACCCCGCCAUUGGUUCCACGAGUUAUCACUGGAGGUAAUGUUUCAAGUGUACCACCACAGAUCACUGGAUUAGGGCUGGUAGCAGCUCCUGUAGUGAAUGCGAUGCCUACAGGAAUGCCGAUGGUUGAUUUUCAGGCUCAAAUUGAACAGGAGCAAGCUCGAUUGUUAGCUGCUCAGAGAGAACGCGAUGCGUAUUUGCAGCAGGAACAUGAGAGGCAACUGGCAUUUCAGGAAGAACAAGAAGCCAUGGAGAGAGAGCGCCAAGCCCAACUUCAGAGGCAGCAUCAAGAGCAGGUCGCUUUUGAAGAAGGUUUAAGGAUGCAGCAAGCUCAGAAUAUGAAGUUGUUCGAACAGCAGCAGGUUCAGAGUGAUUUAAAUGCGUUGUGCGCUCAGCAUGAUAGAGAUCAAGUCCUUCUUCAGCAGUAUGAUGAUCGUGUGUCGUCUUUGGAGGAGGAGCUUGAAAGGUUGAACGUUAAUGUUGAGAAUCAAUUGCAGAGUAAGGACGAACAGAUGCGAGGUCUCGAAGAAUGGAAAGAUAAAUAUGAAGCUCUUGCUCGAUUGUACGCCCAGUUGAGACAGGAGCAUUUGCAGGUACUGAAGAAGUUGAAGAAGGUUCAAAUUCAGGCUGGAAGUGCAAUUGAAGAGAGAAAGAAGGCAGAGACGAAGGAUUUGAUGAUAAACGAUUAUGUGAAGAAAAAUGAUGUUUUAAGAAAGCGUUUAGAUGAAAUGGUCGUGAAGUUGGAUGCAAAGGAAGAGAGAGGAGCGUUGAAGAGAGUUGUUGAGUUAAUUGAAAGUCUUCUUUAUGGAGCGAUAUACGGUUUGGACCAAGAUUGGGGCUCGGGGUCGUUUUACGAUAUGGCUUCUGAUAAGGCUACAGAGUUUGCAUUAUCGUUUACAAACUAUGUUGUAGAAGGUGAAAGUCUUGAUGUUGAUGGGUUUAUUAACAAUAUGUUUGGCUUCGUGUGUGCAGUGGCAGCGCUGGGAAAUGAAAAUGCAGCAUUUCAAGUAAGCGCGUUCCUUGGUGAGUUACUACCAGAAUAUCUGCGUGGGAAUGAUGAAGAAAAAACUGAUAAAGUUAUCGAUCUUAAUGUGAAAUUACAAAGGCAUUUAUCUAUAAUGAAAGAUAUGGAACCUGCAUUGAAGAGAAUUAUGCCAUUUGUAGGAGGUGAUAAAUCAGGUACGGUGGAAGCUAUUUUGAAUUUGAUUAAAGCAUCGAUAGAAUGUCAGAAGGAAAUAGGAUCUGAAAUUCCAAAUGAGUUCUACAAGAAGGAGAAUAGGUGGAGAGAUGGGUUAAUAUCAGCGGCAAAGGCUAUUUCAGUGGCAACAGAGACUAUGCUUAUUGCAGACAGCUAUGAGAGGUUCAAGGUCGCUUCUAACGAAGUAGUAGCGUCGACGGCUCAAUUAGUAGCAGCCUGUCGAGUAAAAAAUCCACCCUCCCAAGCAAAGUUAGAGCAAUGCAGUAGAAUUGUGUCUAGCGCAGUUAAAAAGCUCGUACAAAAACCAAAUGAGGCACCAUUCACGGAACCACUGAAGGAAAUGGAUCAGCAGGUCGAGAUUGUGAGACUUGAGAAUGCACUUGAAGAAGCAAGAAAAAGAUUAGGUGACAUUAGGAAGCAGAGUUAUACCUAG